AUGUCGCCUGCAGAAAAGUUGGUGAGGCUGAAGGAGGCUCUUAAGGGACCCCCAGCUGAGUUGAUCUCGUCCUUCACUGCUACGGACAUCAACUACGAGAAGGCAUGGGACAAACUUCAACGGCAUUAUGAAAAUCCACGUCUCAUCGCCGGACACCUCUUCAACAGGGUGCUCAACUUGCGGCCAAUGGCUAAGGGAGACGCCAAGGCCAUGAUAACCAACGCACACAUUGCUCGUGAGACAGUGGACCACCUGAUCAGCACCGCCGGGAUUCCCAAAGAGGAUUUGGGCGAGCAAUUCGUUUUUCAUUUGCUCAAACGAUCAAUGGAGGCUGAUACUCGCACCACGUGGGAACAGAGGCUGGGAACAUCAACAAAUUUCAUACCUCUGCAGGAUUUAGUCAACUUCCUGGAGUCAACAGCAAGAGGCAUGACUCCAGAUGAUCAACACGAACCAACGGUUCAUCAACGGCCAAAAGAGAAAAUUCAACGUGGAAAAUCACCACCUCGAGUACGCGUUUAUCAUGCCGCCGAAGCAACAGCUCAACGAAAGGAGCCUCAACAUAUUAAGCCUGCUGAUUGCUGUGCAUAUUGCAAUGCCAAGCAUUUCAUUGGAAGGUGCCCAUCAUUUCUCAGCCUCUCAGCGCAGAAAAAACUAGAGUUUCUGGCAACAACUCGACUGUGUUAUAACUGCUUCGGUACACACCUGGCACCACACGCUGUUGCACAUGGACCCAAAGGACAGAGAGAGGACAUCGACAAUCAACAGCGGUCCAGACCAACCAUCAACGAGUGCGGAAUCAGAUCAUUGAUCCUCACUCGUUUUCAACAGGUCGUUCAACAUCAACACAAUCAAAUAAAGUCAACGAGAAAUCAACAGCUUCAACGACUAGCCAGGGGAUUUACGCCCCCUGAGUCAAGUCGAAGAAUCGACUCAACGGAAUUCGAGCAACUGCUCUUGGCUACGGCUAAAGCCAGGGCAUUCUCCAAAAGCGGAUUCUACACGAUCGCCAGAAUCCUCAUCGAUCAAGGCUCAGAGCUUUCAUUUAUUUCGGAAAGCCUGGUGCAUCAACUUCAACUACAACGACGACAUUCAACGAUUGAACUCAUCGGAAUUGGUGGAAAACACGCAUGUUCAACGAGAGGGAUUGUGGCAAUCACGCUCCAAUCAACGAAACAGCCAUUUCAACAAGUUGAGAUCAACGCCCACAUCCUGCAAAAGCUAACCUCACGGUUACCAACGUUCUCAUGCUCAUCUGCAUCAAUCGGAUCACUGCAGCAGCUUCAACUGGCAGAUGAGAGGAAAAUCAUCGGCAACGGGAUUGAAAAAUCCAACGAUGAUCAAUUAGUUGGCCAACUAACAACAUUCGGAUGGAUCUUAUCCGGUCCAUUAUGCAACACAACGUAUUCAACGAGGACCUCCUUAUCCGCGGCAAGGGAAUCUUCCAACGAACAAUUAACGGAGCUUCUACAAAGAUUCUGGGUCCAGGAAGAACCACCAAUCUCAACAAAUCCAACCAACGAGCUCACACCAGACGAAUUAGAGUGUGAAGAACACUUUCAACGCACUCAUCAACGAGAUACGUCUGGGCGCUACAUUGUGCGAUUGCCACUUCGCACAUCAACAGCAGCGCUCGGAGAAUCGAGGAAUAAAGCGCUUCGUCAGCUCCAGUCGGUGAAACGAAGACUAAACGCUAAUCCUGACUACAGCAAACUCUACUACGACUUUAUCAACGAAUACGAAGCACUUGAUCACAUGCGACGUAUACAACAAGUAUCAGAACCAGCAACAAACUACUACCUGCCACAUCAUGGGGUUCUGAGGGAAGAUUCGCUAACCACGAAUCUUCGAGUAGUCUUCAACGGCUCCAACAAGACAUCAACGGGUAUCUCACUCAACGACAUCCUCCACGCGGGCGGAAAGCUCCAAGUGGAUGCAAUGGAUGUACUCACAUGGUUAAGACGACAUCGACUCGUCUUCGGCACCGACAUCGUUAAGAUGUUUCGACAAAUCAACGUACACCCUGACGAUUGGAAUCUUCAACGCAUUCUUUGGAUAGACGAAAAUCAACAACUUGUGACAUAUCAACUAACAACGGUCACAUAUGGACAGAAAUGCUCUACAUGGCUCUCUUUGAGAGUUCUUCAACAACUCGUCAACGAUGAAGGUCAACGAUUCCCUGCAGCAGUGCUACCGCUAACUAAAGGCCGUUAUGUCGACGACAUUUACGGUGGAGCGGACUCUGAGGGAGAAUUCAAAGAAAUGAUAAUUCAACUUCAACAGAUCUGCCAGGCGGGCGGAUUUCCACUUCAAAAGUGGACCAGUAAUCGCCCAGAGAUACUCCAACAGCUCAACUUGUCAACGGGACCGGCAGGUACAGUGCAAUUCGAGGAAGCAGUCAUCAAAACGCUCGGAUUGUGCUGGCAUCCAGCAACAGAUUUAUUCCAAUAUAAAUCGAGAACAUUCAACUCAACGAGCUUCACCAAGAGGGUACUGCUAUCGGAAAUAGCUCAAAUUUUCGAUCCUCUUGGAUUCAUCGCACCAGUCAUUGUUCGAGGAAAAAUACUCAUCCAAGAACUAUGGCUGCUUAAACUCGCUUGGGAUGAUCAACUUCCACUCGACUAUGUUCGAAGGUGGAAACAGUUCAGGGAGGAACUCACGCAACUAAAUCAACUGUCCAUCCCAAGAUGGCUAAAUCUAUCUCCAACGACUACCAACGUACAAAUACAUGGAUUUGCCGACGCAUCAACAGCUGCCAUGGGAGCAGUCGUUUAUCUACGAGUUCAACGAGACAACGAAACACCAACAAUCAGCUUGGUGUGUGCAAAAACAAGAGUUGCACCCCUGAAAAAGCUGACGAUUCCACGCCUGGAGCUAACCGCGGCCCUUCUGCUAACAAAAAUUGUCAGCUGGGCACAACGCACAUUGGAAAUCAACGGAGAGACAUACCUUUGGUCUGAUUCUUCUGUAACUUUGGCAUGGAUCAACAGCCAUCCAUCGAGAUGGAAGGAAUUCGUUCACAAUAGAGUAACGAAAAUCCAGGAAGAGUUACCAACAGCCGUAUGGAGACAUGUUGGUGGGAUUUACAACCCUGCUGACUGCGCUUCACGUGGCAUCUCACCGAGCCAACUCAACGAACAUCACCUUUGGUGGAAAGGGCCUGACUGGCUAGCAAAACCGCCGUCAGACUGGCCACAAAAUACAACCAGUGCUCCAACGGAAGUCUCUCUUGAAGAGAGACCAGCAACAGCUCACCCAGUAGCUGCUGAAGCUAGGCAGCAUCCACUGACAGAGUUCCUCAACAGAUAUUCUACUUUAUCAAAAGUAUUACAAGUCACCGCAACGAUGAAUCGAGCCAUCCAACGACUUCGACGACAACCAACGCCCGAUUCAUCAGUAUUAACAACGAUAGAACUCAACGAAGCGAGGACAUUCUGGGUUAAGGUAACACAACACCAAUACUUUGAAUCUGUGUUUCAGAACCUGAACAGAGAUAUUCAACUACCUCGCCAACAUCCACUGGCCAAGCUCACCCCGAGAAUUGAUGAUCAAGGAAUUCUCAGGCUUGGUGGACGACUAAAGAACUCAUUGCUUGAUCCAGACGAGACUCAUCCAAUUAUCUUACCACGACAAUCUCGCCUGACAACGCUCAUCAUCAACGAAGCUCACCAGAAAACACUCCACGGAGGAGUUCAACUCACCAUGGCUCAUAUCAGACAACGAUACUGGAUCGUUGGCGGCAGAAAGUCAGUGCACGCAUCAAUUCUGCGCUGUGCUAUCUGCACCAGAUUCAGGGCAACACGAGCCCAACAGUUAAUGGGUCAACUUCCAACAUCUAGGGCAACGCCUUCAAGAGCAUUCCUGCAUACUGGAGUAGACUAUGCAGGGCCAUUUCCAAUCUUGAAGUGGAGACCAACGAACGCGCAACCAUCAUCAGUUCAUAUAGCUGUUUUUGUGUGUUUCACAACCUCAGCUGUUCACCUUGAACUGGUCAACAGACAAACAACGGAUGCAUUUAUCGCAGCAUACAAAAGAUUUACUGGAAGGCGAGGCAUUCCAGCUAUCAGGUAUAGUGACAAUGCAACGACAUUCGAAGGAGCAGCCAACGAACUCAACAGACUAUACAACCAAGAAUCUCCAGAUAACCAACAAAUUAGAGCUGCUCUUGCUUCCAACGGAACCCAGUGGAAAUUCAUCCCACCAAAUGCUCCUCACUUCGGAGGCAAGUGGGAGGCCGCUGUAAAGUCAACGAAGUAUCAUCUACGACGAGUAUUAGGAACAACAACGUUAACAUACGAAGAGCUCAACACGAUCCUGAUACAAAUCGAGGCCUGUCUCAACUCAAGGCCUAUUGUUCCGAUGAGAGAUGACCCAGAUGACCUUCAGGCUCUUACACCAGGGCAUUUCCUCAUCGGAGAACCUCUUCAACUACUCCCGGAGCCAUCUCAACUCAACACAAAUAUCAACAAAAUCACACGAUGGAAUCUGGUGACCCAGAAAAUACAACAAUUCUGGUCGAGAUGGUCCAGGGAGUGUCUUCAACGUUACCACUCCAUCUACAAGUGGAAUCAACAGCAACGCAACAUCAAGGUGGGAGAUAUGGUCCUGAUGAUCAAUGAUGAUCUCCCUCCAGCACGUUGGCCACUGGCGCGAGUCAUUGCGGUAAGGCCAGGGGCUGAUGGCCUAGUGAGAGUCGCAGAACUGCUCACAGCAACACCAGAAGUCCCAACGAAUCCAGAUGGAUCACCAUCGACACAGAACAUUCGGGUUCAACGACAUCAAUACACCAGACCGAUAGCAAAACUUUGCUUGCUACCAACGGACCCAACACCAGCAGACCAACAAGAUGACAACUAG